CCUUUAGGGGGCGACUCAGAGUCUGUUUAUCUAACGGGCAGCAGCAGAGUGUAAACAUGGCGGCGUCGCUAGUAAGGUUUGUCCGUGGAGGUUUCGGACGGAGCUUUAAUCUUGCCCGGACUUCUUGUCUCCUGCCGCAGCAGAUCAGAGCACAGAGCUCCACCACUGAGACCAGCCCCACAGUCAGGCCUAAGGAUGCCGUCACCCACAACCAGCUGGCGGCGUUUGGAGAAUACGUGGCUGAAAUGAUGCCAAAAUACAUCCAGCAGGUUCAGGUGACGUGUUACAACGAGCUGGAGGUGAUGAUCCAUCCGGACGGGGUCGUCCCGGUGCUGACCUUCCUCAAAGACCACACCAACGCUCAGUUCAGGAACAUGAUCGACCUCACCGCUGUGGACGUCCCGUCACGGCAGAACCGCUUCGAGAUCGUGUACAACCUGCUGUCUCUGCGCUACAACUCCCGUAUUCGUGUGAAGACGUACACGGACGAGCUGACGCCGGUGGACUCCUCCGUCUCUGUCCACAAGGCCGCCAACUGGUACGAGAGGGAGGUGUGGGACAUGUACGGCGUGUUCUUUGCCAACCACCCCGACCUCAGGCGCAUCCUGACCGACUACGGCUUCGAGGGUCACCCCUUCAGGAAGGACUUCCCUCUGUCCGGAUACGUAGAGGUGCGCUACGACGACGAGCUGAAGCGGGUGGUGGCGGAGCCCGUGGAGCUGGCGCAGGAGUUCAGGAAGUUCGACCUGAACACGCCGUGGGAAGUGUUCCCGGCGUACCGGGAGCCCAAAGAGGCCCCGCCCAAGCUGGAGGCCCCGGCCCCCGAGGAAAAGAAGUGACGUCGCCUCUGUUCGCUCUAGUUUGAUCAGUUUUCUGUUGGACGAACCCGUCUGGAAUAUUUAUGUAAAUAAAAGCUCCUAUUGAAACCACCUGAACCUGUU